AACAACGCGAUUCCAAAAUGGCGGCAGUUUUGAGCAGUGCCGAUAAUGAAGAAUUUGAAAAGGUUUUGCAGGUAAUCCAAAGAGAUAUUAACUGCCUGUCAGAUCCAAACAGGACUACGCGACGAARAGCACUUGAUAAAAUAAAAAAAGAUGUACUACAAAGAAAGCCGCCGUUGUCAUCAGAAGUGUCACAGAAAUUGUUAGAAGAAUUAGUCAAACCUCUACUGAAACUCUUCUCAGAUCCCACUGAAAAAUGYCGAGAAUUGUCUGUCCAGAUACUCACAGAGUUCUACAAAAGAGUGGCUGACAUGACUGUUUUUCUUCCCUAUAUCAUCCCYACAAUAACCCAACGUCUUGGACAAUCUGAGAUURUAGAGACAUGUGAAGAGCUAAGGCUUGCCUUGAUGGAAAAUCUACUGUCAGUGAUUGAAAUGUCUCAAAGUAAAAUGUCUGUGUAUAUCGAUGAUAUGAUCAAGAUAUUACAAAGGACAAAYGUGGAYCCUUUUCAUGAAGUUAGAAAGGAAAGUUUUCGUUGUAUUAACACUUUGGCACCAGCAAUUCCUGAACAAUUUUACUUCCAAGGAAAUUCUUUAGUGAAUUCAUUACUAAAGACCAUAAGUCAUCAGCACUCUAAAGUCAGACAGGCUUGCAUCCAGACAAUUGGAAUAGUCAUACAGUACGGYGAUGGUAAAAAUGUUGACGAUGUCACUUCGCAUCUAGCCCAGYGUACAUUUGACUCCUCACCAGCUGUGAGAGGAAUGGUAACUAAUGUAGUUGGUGGCUGGUUGCUUCAUCUUAGGGACAGGUAUUCAUAUUUUCAUAAGCUAUUGCCCUAUCUUCUGACUGGACUGUCUGAUGAAAUGCCUGAUAUCCAGAAGAAAUCUAGAGAAUUUAUGGAUAAGGUUGGAGAAUUGUAUGCCAAAGAAAAUGAAGAAGAAUUAAAAGAUAAAAUAAACUUUGAUGCAGAAAGUACUUAUCGACUUAUUACAGAUAUUCCAAGGCCAMGUUUAGGAUGUCGAAUACUAAUCCAGAGAAACUUGUCUAAGAUUUUACCAGCUGCCUUACGGGAUAUGUCUGACUGGACUGUAGAAACAAGAAAAAAGUCUGCAGCAUUGGUGUAUCACUUACUUUUCUAUGCCGAGGAUAACACAACACAACACAUGGAACUACUCUUAAAUGGUCUUUACAAAGGCUGUCAAGAUGAAGAACAGCAAGUUGCUAACCAGGUUAUUUCUAGUGCUGAGUUGGCAGGCAGCUUUGUUGAUCCUGCCGUAUUCUGCAAGCUUGCACUACCACACUUAAAGACUUCAGCCAGCUCAUCAUCACAAGCUUGUACAAGCUGCCUGACUAUCUUAGCUGCCCUUAUACGUGGCUGUAACCCUGAACUACUUAUCCCACAAAUAGAGUCAAUUUGCCAGACAAUAUGCCAUAGUGAUGUUUGCUGUGCUGAACARACRUCAACUCAACWUGAACUCUUAAAUGUGAUCAAAGCACUUCUACAAARGACUGGCUCRAACUGUUCUCCAUACAGCUACCAGCUAUUUACAACAAUCAUGCAUGUYAAAGCUCUGCAAAGCCAGGCUGUUUUAGAAAGAGAGGUCAAAGAGUGUCUGGAAAUGCUGGCAAGUGUACAAAAAUUAGAAAAUAUACAACAAUUGUAUGAGGCGCACAGUAAUGCACUUCUCAACCAACUCAAGGUCAAUCAUAAAUCCUGGCAUAGUCAUUCACCUGAGAGACAGUUAUUGGAUGUGUUGCUCACCAAUGCUGGYCCAGUAAUAUGUCAGACGUUGCUUAGCAGCGCUAUGCCUGUGUUUAUAUCAUGUUCUGAUGUCAAUAGAGAUCCAGAAUUUGUGAAUGUUCGUCAACAGCUCAAUUCGUGCCUUGAAGAUCACAACCAAACCACGCGUCUUGUGUCGUGUAAAGCGCUUCAGAAACUUCUUAUAUCGUGCAAAGAUUGCUUCCACGGUGAUUUACUACAUCAAAUCUACCCUGAACUGAUGAAGAGGAUGGAUGACAGCAGUGACGAGAUUCGAGUGAUGGUUACCAAGACGUUCUUAUCGUUUUUCAGGGCGUUUCCUAGCAGCUAUGAUCGCGAUUUAUACAAGUUUCACCUUCAAGCAAUGUUCAAAGGGUUAAUAGUUCACUUAGACGAUCCUUCUCCUGCUAUACAGGAGGGAGUACUCGCUGUCCUGAAAGAAGCAGCUCACAUUCACCCAGGAAUAUUACGAGAACAAGUAGAGGCCGUAAAACACAAGCAUAGGGUUUCCAGAUAUUGUGAUGAAUUAUUAAAGGAAGUCCAGUCACAAGAUACUGCCAUGGAAUCGUGACGGCACCGUUACAGCYUUUCUUYUUGAAAGCAAUAUGUAUAUAGAGGAAUUCUUUGUAAAGGUGUAUUUUUAAAGCGUUAAAAUAUCGCUGUAUUUGUCAUCGAAUUUUCAACAGAAGUAAAAGCAAUCGAUAAAUAAAUUUGUAACAAACAAAAUAACGAGCUAUUUCGCCUA